AUGCGUGCAGGAAGGCUGAGUGUGCACGUUCAGGGCGUGGCCCUGAACGCAAACCCAGAUGAGCCCCUGCGAUUCGAGGCAGAACUCCCUGGUGUGGGCAAGGUAUCCUCUGGUCCCUCCUCGGAUCUGCGCUGGGAGCAAGGCCUGACCUUGGAGCUGAACCCUGCGAGCUCCAGCACCCUCCAGGUGUCCCUGAGCACCCUGAGCGGCCUGGUGGUCGCCCGUGGAUCCACCUCGCUCGACUGGACCGAUGCCGACAAACAGGAGCUGCGCCUGCCUCUGGAAGGGGCUGGAGGAGAGGUGGACCUCAUCCUGCGCUACUUCCACUGCCGCACUCCGGGGAAAGGCCGUGACGGUCUGGGACGGGAGCUUCUGGACGGGGAUCUUUUCCGGGAGCCAUCCUUAAGCGGCCACCUGAGCCCCGUCAGCUCUCCCAGGGCGGGCCUGGAGGCCAACCGCGUGCCGCUGCGUCCCCGCCGCGGCUUACCAGAGGCCACCUGCGCCUGA